CUCGGCGCCCGGCGGUGGAUCGGGGCUCAGGAAGAGGAGGAGGAAGGGGAAGGGGAAGGGAAGCGGGACGGAGUGAAGAGGCGCCGCGAGGAGACAUGUCCGCGCCCGCCGGGCUGCCGCCGCGGCCCGCCGCCGCCGCGUUUUCCCCGGCCGGGCCCGGCGGGUCCCGGGAGGCCGCGGCCCCCGCGGGCGGCGCUCCCCACUGCCACAACGGUCCUGUGCAGAGUCAGAUGCAGUUUCCCCCUGGCUAUGGCUCACAUCCUCCAAACUACAGUGCGCCUUCAGGACACUAUUCCCAAGUGCCCAAUAAAGCUGCUGCUUCACAUCUGGAUCAUCAGUAUAGAGCCAGUUACUACCCUGGUUACUAUUCAGCACCAGCACAAAAUGUUAUGACACCUUCUGUGGGUAGCAACGUGUUGAAUGCACAGGGAUCGCAACAGUUGUACAACAAAACUCCUCCCCAUACAGGGGGGUCAAGUGACGGACCUGUUCAAGGAGCAAUAUCAUCUGCAUCUUACUUACACAUGAGUGCUCAGCAGUCAUAUUCAGCAUUUGAUAAUCACUACAGCACUUCUGUCAGCUCUUCAGUUGCAUCUCAGGGAUUUCCCCUUAAUUCUGAUCACUAUGCCAUGCCCGUGGUUUCUGGUGCCAUGUAUCCAAAUGUUUCCUAUCCUCCUGCGGCUGCUGGCAGUGCGUAUGGGCAGACAUUUACCUCUCAGAGUCUACCUGCUGUUGGACAGUUCAAAGAGACAAAUGCUUUUUCUAGCCAGAGUACAUCUGUACCUCAUUCACUUCAACAGCAUGUUCCUGUGGGAUAUAAUACAACAUUAUCAACUGUUUCAUCUGCCCAGUCUGUUCAAGACAACCUCUGCAGGAAUCUCACUGGAUCCGUUGCAAAAGUAAACAACCAAAUAAAAACAGGUGGCAUUGAUUCUUCACAGCCCGUGCACUCAGUGAGCCAGAAUGUUCCAUUUACCAAGCCUGGGGUUGGAACAUCUGCUUCCUCUGCUGUGGUCUCGUCAGUAAGGUCACCUGCUCCAAGCCUCUCUUCACAGCCCUCAUCUUCACCAUCUGUUACACAGUCACCAGAGCUGGCCCUUCAGGAAGGCAUGCAGUAUGGUGGAUAUGUUAAUAAUCAAGCUAGCUCUGCACCAGCUCCCUUGUCAUCAAGUUCAGAUGAUGAGGAAGAGGAUGAGGAGGAUGAGGAAGCAGCACUUGAUAGUUCCUCUACUACAAGCAGUGCCUCUCCUGUUCUGAACAAUUAUGAUGCCCUGGAAGGAGGUGGCUAUCCAGAUACACGUUCUGUGACCAGCAGCCCAGUUCCUGCUCCAUCAGUCCCGCAAACAUCAAAAGCUUCAAAGCCCUUUGGUUACGGAUAUCCAGCACUGCAGCCUGGCUACCAAAAUGCAACACCAACUACUCCUGUGCAGCCCAGUAAUCCAGGACACCAUCCUGGUUUUCAACACUAUCCACAGCAAUAUCCAGGUGUGAACCAGCUGUCCUCUUCCUUAGGAAGCUUAAGUCUGCAGCAUUCUCAGCAGCCAGAAAGCUUGAGACCAGUAAACCUUACACAUGAUAGAAAUAUUUUGCCAGUGUCUUCAGUUCCAGCACCUGUGCCUAACUUGAAUUCUGAUCUUAGGAAAUUAAACUGCAGUCCAGACUCAUUUCGAUGUACAUUGACAAAUAUUCCACAAACACAGGCUUUGUUAAACAAAGCUAAGCUUCCUUUGGGUUUGUUGCUGCAUCCCUUCAGGGACCUAACGCAAUUACCAGUAAUAACAUCAAGCACAAUAGUAAGAUGCAGAUCCUGCAGGACUUAUAUCAACCCUUUUGUUUCUUUCAUUGAUCAAAGGAGGUGGAAGUGCAAUCUGUGCUAUAGAGUUAAUGAUGUUCCCGAAGAAUUUAUGUAUAAUCCUCUGACACGGUCUUAUGGAGAGCCUCAUAAACGGCCAGAGGUGCAAAAUUCUACAGUGGAAUUCAUUGCUUCCUCAGACUAUAUGCUUCGUCCUCCUCAGCCUGCGGUAUAUUUAUUUGUUUUAGAUGUGUCACAUAAUGCAGUGGAGGCUGGAUAUUUGACAAUAGUCUGCCAGUCAUUGCUGGAAAACCUAGACAAGCUGCCUGGAGACUCAAGAACAAGAAUAGGGUUCAUAACGUUUGACAGCACUGUUCAGUUUUACAACUUGCAAGAAGGUUUAUCUCAGCCUCAGAUGCUGAUUGUCUCAGAUAUUGAUGAUAUUUUCCUGCCUACACCAGAUAGUUUACUUGUAAAUCUCCAUGAAAGCAAAGAGCUGAUAAAAGACCUAUUGAAUGCAUUACCAAAUAUGUUCACUAAUACAAGAGAAACACACAGUGCACUGGGCCCUGCUCUUCAGGCUGCAUUUAAACUGAUGUCUCCAACGGGUGGUCGGAUAUCUGUCUUUCAAACUCAGUUACCAUCCUUGGGAGCAGGGCUUUUGCAUUCCAGAGAAGAUCCCAAUCAAAGGUCAAGCACAAAGGUGGUCCAGCAUCUUGGUCCAGCAACAGACUUUUAUAAGAAGUUGGCACUGGACUGUUCAGGCCAGCAGACUGCUGUGGAUUUGUUUCUCUUAAGCUCACAAUAUUCUGAUCUAGCUUCUCUUGCUUGCAUGUCCAAGUAUUCUGCUGGAUGCAUCUAUUACUAUCCAUCUUUCCAUCGUACCCAUAAUCCUGCUCAGGCCGAAAAGUUGCAAAAAGACCUGAAAAGAUACCUUACAAGAAAGAUUGGAUUUGAAGCAGUUAUGCGCAUAAGAUGUACAAAAGGUCUUUCAAUACACACUUUUCAUGGGAACUUUUUUGUACGAUCUACUGAUUUGUUGUCCCUUGCUAAUGUCAAUCCUGAUGCUGGAUUUGCAGUACAAAUGUCCAUUGAGGAAAGUCUGACUGACACAUCAUUGGUUUGUUUUCAAACAGCUCUUUUGUAUACUUCCAGCAAAGGUGAACGUCGCAUUCGAGUGCACACACUUUGCUUGCCCGUAGUAAGUUCAUUGGCUGAUGUAUAUGCAGGAGCAGAUGUACAAGCAGUUGUCUGCCUCUUAGCCAACAUGGCUGUGGAUCGCUCAGUUUCCUCUAGUCUUGCAGAUGCAAGAGAUGCCUUAGUUAAUGCCGUGGUAGACUCCUUGGCAGCAUACAUGUCAACUGCCUCAAAUCUGCAGCAGUCCAUGCUGAUAGCACCAAAUUCCCUCAAGCUGUUUCCACUCUAUAUUUUGGCUCUUCUCAAACAGAAAGCAUUCAGGACAGGCACGAGCACUCGCUUGGAUGAUCGUGUAUACGCAAUGUGCCAGAUGAAGAGCCAGCCUCUUGUUCAUUUGAUGAAGAUGAUACAUCCCAACUUGUACAGAAUAGACAAGUUGACUGAUGAGAGUACAAUACAUGUAAAUGACAGAGUUGUUCCUCAGCCACCUCUUCAGAAGCUGUCUGCAGAGAAGUUGACAAGAGAAGGAGCUUUUCUUAUGGAUUGUGGCUCAAUUUUUUACAUUUGGAUUGGAAAAAACUGUGAUAACAGCUUCAUAAAAGAUGUCCUUGGAUACCCAAACUAUGCAUCAGUACCACAGAAAAUGACGCAGCUUCCUGAGGUAGAUGCACUUUCUUCAGAAAGGACACGAUCUUUUAUAUCUUGGCUUAGAGACAGUAGACCUUUAAGUCCAGUUCUUCAAGUAAUAAAAGAUGAGAACCCUGCCAAAACAGAUUUUUUUCAGCAUUUAAUUGAGGAUCGGACAGAAGCAGCUUUCUCAUAUUAUGAGUUCUUACUUAAUAUUCAACAGCAGGUUUGUAAGUGACCAAGGAAUAAAUAGAAGAAAAAUUCUGACUUCAGACAGAAGCAUGGGCUGAGAGAAGCAUAUGGGAAGUUACAGAAGUGGAUGCUUGUUCUUCACAAUAUACAGUGACAGCACUGUUUUGGAAGCUUUACAGCUAAAGAAGUAUACAUUUCCAAAAGAAUUUUGCAGAUUUACUUCAGUCUCAAAGUGCUAGGAGUGAUGAAGCUGUUUCACUAGUAAACUUUAAAAUUGGUUUGUACACGUAUCCAGUUGUGCAGCGGUAUGGUGCUCUGUUUAUUGCAAGCUGGUGAAUUUAUGUAGCUAUGUGGGAUGAUAUUUCUUAACAAAAUGUACAAUUAGGUAAAGCCUUUUUUCUUACAUUUAUUAUAGUAGCCCUUCCAGAUCCAAAUCCUUAACAGAGAUGUCAAAGGGCAGUGAUGUAUGUUGGUUGUUUAUAUGAAUUUCUUUUUAAGAGGAAUGAUUCAUAUUUACUAAAGACUUCAGCAAAUUCCCUGUGAAAGUUGUAGAGUUUCAGUAAAGUAAAUGAAUUGUAGAAAUAAAAUAUAUAAUGUACAUAAGUAUUACAUUUGUAAAGAAAAUGUAAAAAAUGUAACUAAAAAAAAGACUUAGCUCAGUGUGCAGAAUUGUUGAGUGCUCGAUGAUGAUGAGUUGUUUUGUCCCAGGCUAGGCAAUGAAGUUGACUAAUAAAAACAUGCUAAAAAAUGUAUCAAUGUAGAAGGAA